AGUAUUGAUGUGGGCAUGGAUUACCGCUACAGCCUGGUGGAAGGCAACCUGCUGAUCAAUAAUCCCAAUAAAAGCCAGGAUGCUGGAACGUACCAGUGUGUAGCAACAAACCCCUUCGGAACGAUUGUCAGCAGAGAAGCAAAGCUGCAGUUUGCUUACCUUGAGAACUUCAAGACCAGGACGAGGAGCACGGUGUCCGUCCGCCAGGGCCAGGGCAUGGUGCUGCUCUGUGGGCCCCCACCCCACUCUGGAGAGCUGACCUACGCCUGGAUCUUUAACGAGUACCCCACCUUCGUGCACCAGGACAACCGGCGCUUCGUGUCGCAGGAAACCGGCAACCUGUACAUCGCCAAGGUGGAGACCUCGGACGUGGGCAACUACACCUGCGUGGUGACCAACACCGUGACCAACAGCAGGGUCCUGGGGCCCCCCACGCCCCUCGUCCUCAGGAACGACGGGGUGAUGGGAGAGUAUGAGCCCAAAAUAGAAGUGCAGUUCCCAGAAACGGUUCCAUCUGCGAAAGGAACCACGGUGAAACUGGAGUGCUUUGCCUUGGGCAACCCAGUGCCCACCAUCAGCUGGAGGAGGGCGGAUGGGAAGCAGAUCCCCAGGAAAGCCCGGAGACACCGGUCCAGCGGGCUCCUGGAAAUCCCCAAUUUCCAGCAGGAGGAUGCCGGGCUCUACGAGUGCGUGGCUGAAAAUGUGAGAGGGAGGAACGUGGCACGAGGGCAGCUGACAUUUUAUGCCCAGCCCAGCUGGACCCAGCGCAUCAGCGACGUGCACGCGGCCAUCGAGGAGCGCGUGUCCUGGGAGUGCCGCGCCAGCGGCCGCCCCAAGCCCUCCUACCGCUGGCUCAAGGAUGGGGAGCCCCUGCUGCCACAGGGCAGGGUGCAGCUGGAGCAGGGCUCUCUGACCAUUCCCAACGUGAGCCUGUCGGACGCGGGGAUGUACCAGUGCGUGGCGGAGAACAGGCACGGCGUCAUCUUCGCCAGCGCUGAGCUCAGCAUCAUCGCCAUCGGUCCAGACUUUUCCAAAACUCUCCUGAAGAAGUUAACUCUUGUUAAAGUGGGUGGUGAAGUCAUCAUUGAGUGCAAGCCCAAAGCCUCCCCCAGACCUACUUAUUCUUGGAAGAAAGGAAAAGACAUCCUGAGAGAAAAUGAGAGAAUCACCGUUUUGGAUGACGGGAGCCUGCGCAUCGUCAACGUCACCAAAUCGGACGCGGGGAGUUACACCUGCGUGGCCACCAACCACUUCGGGACAGCGAGCAGCACGGGCAGCCUGCUGGUGAAAGAUCCAACCCGGGUCAUGGUGUCCCCUUUCAGCAUGGAUGUCACAGUUGGAGAAAGCAUCGUCCUGCCUUGCCAGGUGUCCCACGACCACUCCCUGGACAUCGUGUUCACCUGGUCCUUCAACGGGCACCUGAUCGACUUUGAGAAAGAUGGGGAUCACUUUGAAAGGGUGGGAGGGGAUUCAGCUGGCGAUUUGAUGAUCAGGAGCAUCCAGCUGAAGCAUGCAGGGAAAUACGUCUGCAUGGUGCAAACAAGUGUGGACAAGCUCUCAGCUGCUGCAGACCUGAUUGUAAGAGGUCCCCCGGGGCCCCCCGAGGCUGUGACCAUCGAUGAGGUGACAGACACCACGGCCCAGCUGUCCUGGAGGCCAGGGGCAGACAACCACAGCCCCAUCACCAUGUACGUGGUGCAGGCACGCACGCCCUUCUCGGUGGGCUGGCAGGCAGUGAGCACAGUCCCAGAGAUCAUCGACGGCAGGACGUUCACGGCCACGGUGGUGGGGCUGAACCCGUGGGUGGAGUACGAGUUCAGAGUGGUGGCUGCCAACCUGAUCGGGAUCGGGGAGCCCAGCAGGCCCUCCGAGAAGAGAAGAACCGAGGAAGCUCUCCCUGAGGUGACCCCAGCUAAUGUCAGUGGAGGUGGAGGCAGCAAGUCUGAGCUGGUCAUUACCUGGGAGACGGUGCCCGAGGAGCUGCAGAACGGGGGUGGCUUUGGCUACGUGGUGGCUUUCCGGCCCCUGGGCACGGUCAGCUGGAUGCAGACGGUGGUGGCCUCGCCGGAUGCCGCCCGCUACGUGUUCCGCAACGAGAGCCUGCCGCCCUUCUCGCCCUACGAGGUCAAAGUGGGCGUCUACAACAACAAGGGGGAAGGCUCCUUCAGCCCCGUCACCGUCGUCUACUCGGCAGAGGAAGAGCCGACCAGAGCCCCCACCACUGUUUUGGCCAGAAGUGUUUCUGCCUCAGACGUGGAAGUUUCUUGGGCUCCCCCGUGGGAGAACCAGCACAAAGGAAGAAUACAGGGAUAUGAGGUGCGCUGCUGGCGGCACGACGAGAAGGAGGAGAACGCCAAAAGGAUCCGGACGGUUGGGAACCAAACCUCCACAAAAGUCAGCAACCUGAGGGGCAAUGCCCUCUACCACCUGGCAGUCAGGGCCUACAACACGGCCGGCACCGGCCCCUCCAGCGCCGCCGUCAACGUCACCACCAAAAAGCCACCACCGAGUCAGCCCCCCGGGAACAUCGUGUGGAAUUCAUCCGACUCCAAGAUCAUCCUGAACUGGGACCAGGUGAAAGCCUUGGACAACGAGUCAGAAGUGAGAGGCUACAAAGUUUUGUACAGGUGGAACAGGCAGAGCAGCACUUCUGUCAUAGAAACAAAUAAAACCUCAGUGGAGCUGUCCCUGCCCUUUGAUGAGGAUUACAUCAUCGAGAUCAAACCCUUCAGCGACGGCGGUGACGGCAGCAGCAGCGAGCAAAUCCGAAUCCCAAAGAUAUCCAAUGCCUACGCCAGAGGCUCGGGCUCGUCGACCUCCAGCGCCUGCACCCUGUCAGCCCUCAGCACAAUCAUGAUCUCCCUCACAGCCCGCUCCAGUUUAUGA